AUGUCUAGAGGAGGUGAGUUAAAUGAUAGUUACAUAUCAGGAGAAGGUGAGUUAAAUGAUAGUUACAUGUCAGGAGGAGGUGAGUUAAAUGAUAGUUACAUGUCAGGAGGAGGUGAGUUAAAUGAUAGUUACAUGUCAGGAGGAGAUGAGUUAAAUGAUAGUUACAUGUCAGCAGGAGGUGAGUUAAAUGAUAGUUACAUGUCAGCAGGAGGUGAGUUAAAUGAUAGUUACAUGUCAGGAGGAGAUGAGUUAAAUGAUAGUUACAUGUCAAGAGGAGGUGAGUUAAAUGAUAGUUACAUGUCAGCAGGAGGUGAGUUAAAUGAUAGUUACAUGUCAGGAGGAGGUGAGUUAAAUGAUAGUUACGUGUCAGCAGGAGGUGAGUUAAAUGAUAGUUACAUGUCAGGAGGAGGUGAGUUAGAUAGUUACAUGUCAGAAGGAGGAGGAGGUGAGUUAAAUGAUAGUUACAUGUCAGGAGGAGGUGAGUUAAAUGAUAGUUACAUGUCAGAAGGAGGUGAGUUAAAUGAUAGUUACAUGUCAGGAGGAG